AUGUCGCAGAAGGACGAUUUCGAAACUCCAUCAACUAACGAUUUCGUGGACGCCGUGGAACAUCCCAUAAGAGAUGACGGCAAGAGUGACAUUGAGUCGCAUGAAAACCCACAAGAUGGCAUUUUCCAGGAUUUGGCGUUUUACGUAGCCCAGGAAGACGUCCGCCAGGAAGUCGAAAACUUGAUUAAAGCACACGGCGGAACGGUGCUUCGAGAGCUACCUUCGGGCCUAUCCAGCAAAGAGUUUGUGGUUUCGUCGUCCAACACCGCAGAUCUGCUUACGGUGACCGCGGAAUACAUUCGAGCUUGCUGUGCCAGCAAUGUACUUCUGAAGCUAAGCGGCUUUCUCGUGGCUUUCGAGGAGCCCGGAGCAGAUACGCAGCCUCAAAACGAUGACAUGACUACCACUGAGGCUCCAAAACCCCUUAAUGUCGGCACUCUCGCCGAUGGUGCCACCACUAAUGGGCAAGAGCAGCCCAGCACUUCCAAAAAAUUGCACCAGCCUCCUAAUUCUCAUGAACAUGGUAAUGUGAAGCCAGCACCUGGGGGAAGUAUUACCGGUCAGAAUGACAGUGCCGAAAAUCUUCUCCAAAUUGAUGUGACUACUUCAUCCCACCAGGAUGAAGCUGGAGACACGCCGCAAAACCCAACGACGCCUACUGAUCCCCCAGUUGAUAAAUCAGAACAUGCGCUGUCAUCGACAAGCGAUGAACAGGCUUCACAGGUGGGCGUCAUGAACUCAUUAACGCAGAAAAAACCUGCAGAUGAAGUUGCAAAGCAAAGAUACGUUACAGCGCACAACAAAGCUAACUUCACAUCCGAAGAGGACGAGUUCAUUUUGGAUGUGGUGCGCAAAAACCCAACUAGACGCACGACACACACAUUAUUUGACGAGAUAUCUCGGUUUGUUCCAACACAUACGGGAAAUUCCAUAAGACAUCGCUAUCGGGUCUACCUUGCCAAAAGACUAGAUUUUGUUUAUCAAGUGGAUAACCAAGGCAAACUGGUACGCGACGAAGCUGGUAAUUUAAUAAGGACAACGGUUCUACCGAAGUCUUUGAAAAACAAAUUUGUCGCUGACGAGGACUAUAGUUUGGCGGUUAGCAUAAAACGUCAAUUCUAUCGCGAUCUCUACCAAGUUGAUCCUGAUACUGGGAAAUCUCUAAUUACUGAAGAUGACGGGCCUAGUGAAGCUGCUAGGAAAGCUAUAACUAUGGAUACCACCGUCAAACGGGGUUCUGAACCAACGUUGUCAGAGUACAGGGUUGGUGAAAGACGUGGACCUGUCCCUCGAGAAUUCUUCAAAACGUAUGCUCAAAUGAAUCCUUCGCAUACAGAAAACGCAUGGAGGGACAGAUUCCGCAAGUUUUUACUAACCUACGGCAUCGACAAAUACAUUGAAUACUACGAUCACGAGCUGGCUCAGAAUAGAGUUCCCGAAGCAAUGAAGAACUUGACAAACAGACCUAAAAGACCUGGCGUGCCAACUCCAGGCAAUUACAGCGGUAAUGCCAAGAAACGCAAAUCAUCUGAGGAGGAACAAAUAGCGCAGGGCGAAACUCCACAGGAACGGCAAAUAGCGUUCACCUCUGCAAGUGGUGGAGCAGUUGACCCUAGUUCGUCGUUGGCUAUGGCAGAUGUUGACCUCCUAGACGAAGAGACUCUCAAGUUCAUUUCUGGUCUCAGAAGAGACCUUUCAAAGAUUGAGUCCGCAGGCGGUACCGCAUUUGAAUAUCCUCAGGAAAUAGCAGAAUCUAUCAGAAAUGACUUCACAAAUGAGGAAGCACAAUUUGAUGAAAUCGAUCCAGACAGUAUUCCUUUCCCUCCACCUCUUGCCACGAAUGACUUGUUUAUGCCCCAAUUCUUUGGUUUUGAGUCUACAAGGGCGUUUUUGGAUAAAAUUAACGAUGUCAUUUCAAGAGAUUAUGAAGCUUCCCAAGCCGAGAAGCUCGUGCAGGACUUAUGUGAAGAUGCAGGUGUAAGAAAAACAUUUAGCACCAGCAUACUUACCGCACUUUCUGGAGAUUUGAUGGUCUUUCCCCGAUAUUUCUUGUGCAUGUUUAGUUUCAAGGCUAACCCACCUUUGAACGUUCCAGGAAUUUGGACCAGAGAAGAUGAUGAAACAUUAAGGCACGGUGAUGGACAAAGCAUGAAGAUCUUAACCGAUAAACACGGAACCGGAAGGAUUGAAAUGCGAAAAAGAUUUAUCGCCAGCGACUUGGUUUAA